AUGCCGCCUCAGAGCCGGAAGGAGACUGGAUCGAAGGGCCAGCCGAAGGGUGCUGGGAAAACCAAAGCUGCGGCGCCCUUGCUGUCAGCUGUGCGGUUCGUGCCACCUGCGAGUGUGGUUUCGGCCCUCCAAGCACGUGCUGGCAGGGCUCAAAAUGCUGUGCUAGCUGCCGAAGAACAACAUGCUGGCAAGCGUACCUUGGCACAGGAAGCCAACUGGCUGGCGACGCAAGUUGCCAAAACUACCAAGAGACUGGAAGCAGACCUUCGUGCGAAGCAGGACUUGGGCGAAGCGGCUCUCCAAUGGCACUCCCAGCUCGCAGAGCACCUAUCCACCAAUUAUGCGGAGGUGGAGCGCUUGGCGGGACAAUUGGAUGCGGAUGUCAAAGAAGCCCUGGAGAUACUAACGCCUUUGGUCUCCACUACGACCUCGGAUGCCACCCAGGUUCUGCUGCACAAAGGUGCACAGAAUGCAGGGCCUAUCUGGCCACCCCAAGUGACUGGCUUGCUCGAGAUGGCGGCCAACGCUCUUCGGGCUGUAGCUGCACUGGAUCCACUGGGACACAACCGCGCUCCGGCAGUUGGCGGUGGGGUGCCUUCAGUCCCGACUCAGACGCAGGGGAUUGGUGGCCACCAUGCCAGACGACAACCACCAGGUCUCGACGGGGGCAUUUUCCCUGGCGCUAUGCUGACCUCGGGUUCCCCAACGAUGGUAACAGAAAGCCACAGAGCCCAGCCUCCUCCUGUCUCUGGGAACCGUUGGACAAAACGCUCGCAGCCCUUGCUCGAGGAGGACAAACGGCCGGUGAAGAGUCCCAGGCUGACAUCUAUGGGCACAGGGACGCGAGGCCAGACCGACACAGCCAUGGCAAGCACGCAAGAUCACGGGCCACUGGCUGGAACGCCGGAGGCUGUGCCAUGGCCGCAGGAAAGCACCGGCAGAACCCCCACCCGUCCCUCACGCCCAACCUCGUCCUGGAUGGCACCUGCCCAUUCUGCACCGGUGGAGCUGGAUGGAUCCGAUGGUUUCAGCGAGCCAAUGUCCUUUCUUGGGGGAGAGGAGAUGGAAGCCCCCCUUUCAGCGGUCGAGGAAGACUGGCAGCAAUGGCAACUGAGUUGGAUCACGGCAUGGAAUACGUCGGUGGGGCAACUUAUGGACAUGUGUGGAGCUGCUGCCACUGCGGCUCAAAGCAAUCCGGUGUUGCAGGAGGUGCUUCCCGAGCCACCGCACAUGGACACCGAAGAGGUCCGCAACCAAUGUCAGAGCACGCUGCGGAGCUUGCAGCAACACCCCUGGGCAUGCGGACCAGAGAUUGCGACUGUGGUAGAGGACCUGAUGCGCUGCUACUCGUGCCUAAAAAGCUGCCCAGCCGCUGUUCCGGACUGUCCCCAAGCUGUGCUCCUCCUAGGCCACAUUCUUCAUGCUGCGGUUCAGGACGUCAUGUCAUACACGCCACAAUGCACAGAAGAAUGGUUGUUCCCACAGCUGGUUCUCGGGAAGCACCCCGACUUAGCGGCACGCCUGGGUGCCAGCACCCCAGCCCUUCCGCAUCACGCCCUGCUGCAAACGUGCGCCUGUUGCAUUGCCGUUCAAGGCACGGAAUUUCUCUUGGCGGCACUGUCUGCUGGAGUCCUCUUGGGUUGCGUGUGGACUACCCUUGCCGAUCCACCCCAUUUCAAGCCCCUUGGUCAGAUGGCAUACGACUUGCCCAGUGAGCACCAGGUCCUAGGUCUGCUUUUAGCUGCCAUGGGAUGUGGGCUGGCCCUUGCACCCUGCCUCUUGAUGGUUGUGGUAGCCUGGCUCCCGAUAGGAGUUUUCCUCCUAGGCCUCCUUUCACCUGCCCUGCCGCCCCAACAUACACGGCGAGAGCCUUGGUGCAAGAAUAAGAGAACGAGGGAGACUGCGGUAAAACAGAUGAAGGGGUGCUUCUUUCUCUGUCUGCUGUUCUCACCGGAGGAGGGCGUUGUAUCGAUGCCCGACAACAAUGAGACCGAUGACUCUUUCAUGAUGCAGGUAGCGGGCCAGGCCCAUUUCAACAGAAUUCCGGCUUGGUCCCUCAGUCGAGUCCCACGCAUUCGAAUACGGCGUGAGCUGCACCCUUUGGAAGAGGUCGGUGCCCGGCCUCUAGCGAUGCAGGAAUUGUGCACGGCAACCUAUACACGGAAGCUUGCCGUGUUCCAUGGGGGAGUGGUUGAAGGCCCCGAGCCUAUCCUCUUCAGAGUUGACAGCCGCCUUUUCCGACCCGCACUUGAUGAAGCCAUUGUGCAGGCCCUCGGCAUCUCAGCAGAUGCAGUCGACGUGUUGAUGCUGGCCUCGCCGUUUGACUCUGUCACCCGCGAGCAGUAUGUACUCCGGCCCCGCGCCUUCCCUUGGUAUGCGCAAGCCGUUCCUGUCCUGGUGCGAGGCGAGCUUGACAGCUUCCAUGUGCUACAAGCAGCAAGGGAUGAACAGUGCCACGAUCUCGUCGCAGCGGCAGCGCUGCUCACUCAGAUGCAGUCCAUCCCGGAAGCUGAGCAGUGUCAGUGCGUGGAGGGUACUUUUGUGGCCGAUUCCCAACCUCUCUUGCAGCCACGCUGUGACGCGAUUGUUUGGACGCCGAUUGCGCUCAAACAGCGGCUGAUUGAAGCCAGUGCCCACUCCCCUUAUGCGGACAUGCACAGCAAUCAGGGCCCCCCCAGCCAGAACCUCCUGUCCUGCGUUAUCAUCACUGCUAAUGGUAUCAUACAUGCACUCACGCCGGCCUUUGCUCCUGAUAGCGAGACCUUCCGCUUCCUGCGUGGCGAAUUCCCUGAGCUCGCUUCCCUGACUAUGCGCCGCAUGCGGUAUGCGCUUACUGACCUGCCGCCGACGCAGUUCCUAGCCUUCCGCCGUGAGGAACUCGGAAGGCAUUCCUUGGUAGUUGACCUCCGUGCAUUGGACCUUGGACUGCUUACUCUCACAGUACCCAGAUACAUAUCGUGCAGCCAAAUCCUCGACGUCACUGCGAGAGACCAUGCUCGCAUCCUGGACACGGCAGCCAUGCAUGAACAUGUGAUGUCUGGAGAUUAUAUCUGUUUGCUCCAUGAUCAAGCCGUCGGGCCUGAUGUCAUGCUUGACGUGGCUGGCUUUGAUCUGCUACGAGCUUAUCGACACACACUAGUCGAGGUGCCCAUUGGGAGUGACUCUGAAAAUGCUGCCUCGCGGGGAGCCUCCUUGGCAAAAGCCCUACUCAUUGCAGCAGCGCCGCUACGGGGACCUGUCGGCUCUAUGUGCCUACUGCUUGUGGUAGGUGCCAGCCAAGCACUUGCAGGACGCGCUGCUAGUGCCCCACCACAUCGCAGUGGACGGUUACAGCGGGUGCCAGCUCCCCCCUGCAACCUGCCCAACAAGGCCUCGCAGGCCACCCAUGCGGCAAUUCAGCGAGAGCUGCUGGCCUCUGGCAGGCUUCUCACGCCCGUUAUCAGUCCUAGCCCCCUCGGCAAUGACGACCCACGUGAAGUCACAUUCAAGCUGUGGCACCCAGGGAGGGUCCUUACCCGGUGCUACCCGGCGCAAUGGCCGUGGUUUGAUGUGCACGCUGACCUCCUUGAGACUGUAUCCGCCCUAGGCAGGUAUGUCGUCCUGCCUGCUGCCGCGACACCGGACCAUAGAGCUGUGCAUAUGGUCGCUAUCUCCAGUGCAGACACGCAUAGCACCAUUCUGGUGGCACGGGCAGGAUCGUGGAAAUGCCUCGAUGUUGACUGGCGCAAUCCUGCAGCUGAUAUUCAUGCAUGGGUGGAAAGCUCGGAUGGUACCCAUUCCUACCGCAUUGACUGUGCGCACCGGGGGCGCAUGCGGCAUGGCGAUGUCUGCGUGGUUGUUGAUACCUUUCAAUCAGCUUCACCCACACUUCUGGAUAUUAGCACUCUCUCUCUGACGAUGCCAGUAGGGUGCUCUUGGACGCGCACUAUAGGCAGGCAGGUCUUUCCCUUGCUGCAAGCCGGCCAACCACAUCUUUGGCUGCCACGCGUACAAGGCGUGACAGCACGUGACACUGCCAUGGAUAUGCUGCACACUCUUCGGUCGCCAAACCCCGAAACUACCCAUCUGCUCGAUGUGCCGCCAUAUCUUUUAGGCCUUCCGGGUCCUAUUCUUCUCGCGGCCCCUAGAGGUGGGAUGUGCACCCUUGUCUGGUUGCAUGACUGUCACGAAUGUGUUCCACACGGUGUGGCAUUCGCCGUGGAAGGGGUGUUCCCAAACCGCGCUGACCUUCUCUACGCGCUGCGUGAGCUACCGGGAGCCACGGCUACAAUAUGGCUCCGGGCAACGGAAAUGUUUCUCCUUUGGGGGCCCUCCGAAUCCUUGCACUCUGCCGAUAAUGAGGCUGUUGUAGCUGAGAUUGUGACAGCUAGCGUUGACAUGCGACUGCUGCUGUCGCAUAGCCGCACAGACUCCCUCUCUUCUGCGCCACACAUGGGAGCGCAGGGGAUGGCAUCCAUGCCGGGUCCCCAGGAAGCCAGGAGUAGUCAGAUUUCUUCCCUGGAUUCCUCGCUCGCUGACCCAUGCAUCCCGACCCUGGGUAUCCCCGACGAAGGCACCUUGCAUGUUGUGUACUGUGGUUCGAUCCAGACCAGCUGUGUGGUACCCUGUCCUAGCCGGAGGAUGCCAUGGGCUCUCAUCAUUGGAGAUGAAAUUAGGACGGCCUGUACUGAUCAAACCUCCUGGGCUGAGGUAGCCACCGUAGCAGAUCUCUCAGUCUUGGACUUGCAAGGGGUGGCCGUUGUCCUUGAUGGGUUCCGCUGGAUGUGGCCAGAACCCAUUACUCAUCUUGGGCACGCCUGCGGCACGCUUCUCCGGCGCACUCCGAACAAGGAUUCCCGCUGCUAUGUGGAGAGUGAGCACACUCUUCCGCCCUCACCGCUGCAAGCAAGGAGCUCAUGCGGUGGCAUGAGGCUUGCUAAGUGGGCUCAACUAGUUGCUUGGACUGCUAGUGCACCUUGCACCGGCCGUUGGCUACCUAUUGCACUUCUUGUCAACGCUGCUAUGGCCAUGGUAGUGCCAGUCGACCCUACUGCUGCACGUCCGCCUCUCAUGUGUGUCCCUCCUCCUGGGUUCCUCCUUUUCGUUGAUGUGCUUAACUGCUUCCUCCAGCACCCACCGGCAGAGGGUACCCUCUUGCGGAUAUGGCGCCCCUGUAGGGGUCCGGCCGUUUACCAGUUCCGACAACAAGUUGACCUUGACAAUCUGAGUACCUGGUUGCGUGAGCAGGGAUGCCGGCCUACCCGUGAUGUGUUCCACCUCGCGCAUGACUCUGGCCCAGAUGCCAUUGACUUGCUUUGCACCCCGCCGGCCUCUGGAGCUUGGUGGAUAUUGCGAGAUGGCAGUCACCGUGAGCUGCUCAGACCCGUCUGUCAGCUGCCGGACAUCUCGGAACAAUUGGUCACGAUUGAUGAAGGAGGUCAGGCACAUCGUCUGAUUUGCGGAGGUCAGGCCGACCUCCGGCCAGAGCUUCUCCCGGGUAAGCGGGCAGCGAUUGGACGCAGCGUCCCUAACUGGUAUGGCGCCUUAGCUGGCACUGGACUGAUGAUGUUUUCGACGUCUGCUUGCUGGCGCUUGGCGCCGGUCAUGCUGGCCACUAUCAUAGUCGUGCAGCCUGUGAGCGGGCAGACUAUUCCAGCCAGUCAUCCCCGCAGAGUCUGGACCUUCGGACUGCCUGAGCCUGUGGACCUUCCGACGACAGCACGGACGGUCACAGAUGCUCGUCUAGUUCUUGUUCGGGCCCAUCUCCCUAGGCAGCUUGAUAAUGAUGGGAAGCUUCUGGAAGUCUCCCCCCCCCUGAUACAAGGGGUUCAGCACUGGCUAUAUGUGCCUAGGACUAGAGUGGGGACAUACACUUACUUGCUCAUGCAGUGGCAUAGGCAGGCGGCAGUCUUCGAGAGUCGGUCUAACCCAUUGGACUGGGAUGCCCUGUUCCAGUGGGCCACAUCUGUCUUCACCCUAGAACAGCCGCUUGCACAAAAGUUUGUCCUGGUCCUCGACAAACAGAUUUUUCGUUUCGGCACCAUCGUGAGUGGUCUCCGACACGGACAGCUUCUGGCAAUUGGGGAGCAUACACCAUCGCGCAGCCCGAUGCGCUACCUCAAUCCCUGGGGUGAAGAAGAAGAACUGCCUGAGAUUGUCCGCAGUGACUGGGGAGACACUCUCCUCACUGGGCCCGGUGGCCAGAUUUCUCUGCGCCCGGAAGGACCGGCUUUCCUGACGGCCACGGCGGGACGAAGUGAGGCUACAUCCCCGGCAGUCGCACACAGCUCUUGUCAAACUCCCCUCUCGCUGCCCCCUAAUAACACCUCUCUUCUCGCUUGGGAGGCGGCUACCCACCAGCUUGGGGAAGUUCUACGACUGCUGCGACCGCGGACCCAGGGCUACGCAUUCCACCCUCAAUGUAGCGCAGAGAGCGGAGUGCCUGUCAGCACGACAACCCUGGGCAUCUCUCCACAAGGCCCGGUCAUCCUGCCAGACGGGGCUGAACAUGGAAGCAGCGCUCGGUCGGAACCUCAGGCCUCUGCAGGGUAUCGUACCCCGCUACUUCUCCUCUCAUUGGUGCACCGGCGUGGCCUUUGGGUGAUGCUUCUUCUCGGUAACCUCCUGACCUGUGGGGUAGAAGCGCCGCCGGCACCUGUCACCUGUCGGAGUAGAACAGGCUCUCGUUAG